AACCGCCAAGUAAGUUACAUUUUGCCAUGUCACGCUGAAGAAGUUUGAGACCAGUUUAUUUAUAGAAAACUGGACUGGCGUGGGCACGGAGACAUAUGCCACUGGAUAUAUGAUCUGAAAUGAGAGCCUGUCGUGUUUUUUGAAGGUAAUUCCCAGUGAUUUUUGAGCCGCUGUGACUACUGUAUAGCUAAUGUUACACAGUGAAGCCAGAAGCCUCAUGUUUUCGUCAAGCCAAGAGGAGCACUGCGCCCCGUCCAAAGACCCAGUGAAAUACGGGGAGCUGGUGGUGCUGGGGUACAAUGGCUCUCUGCCCAAUGGAGAUCGGGGUAGACGGAAAAGCAGAUUUGCGCUAUACAGGAGGACCAAAGCCAAUGGUGUUAAGCCAAGCGCUGUGCACAUCCUCAACACACCCCAGGCCAGCAAGGCUGUGAACUGUAAAGGCCAACACAGCAUCUCCUACACACUGUCCAGGAACCACACGGUGGUGGUGGAGUACAGCCACGACAAAGACACAGACAUGUUUCAGAUUGGGCGUUCCACUGAGAGUCCCAUAGACUUUGUUGUGACUGACACAGUAGCAGGAGGCCAAGAAGGAGAGGAGACUCCCAUCACACAGAGCACCAUCUCCCGUUUUGCCUGUCGAGUUGUCUGUGAGCGGAACCCGCCUUACACAGCUCGCAUCUACGCAGCUGGUUUUGAUUCUUCCAAAAACAUCUUCCUCGGGGAAAAAGCCGCAAAAUGGAAGAACCCUGAUGGUCACAUGGACGGUCUAACAACCAAUGGCGUCUUGGUAAUGCACCCUAAGGGUGGGUUCACAGAGGAGUCGAAGCCCGGCGUAUGGAGAGAGAUCUCUGUUUGUGGGGACGUUUACACUCUGAGAGAGACCCGCUCAGCGCAGACUCCCGGCAAACUGGUGGAGCAUGAGAGUAAUAUUCUGCAGGACGGCUCCCUGGUGGAUCUGUGCGGAGCCACUUUGCUGUGGCGUACUGCAGAAGGCCUCUUCCACACUCCCACCCAAAAGCAUCUGGAGGCUCUCAGGCAGGAGAUCAACGCAGCUCGCCCCCAGUGCCCCGUGGGUCUCAACACGCUCGCCUUCCCCAGCAUGCAACGCAGCCGCGCCCUCUCUUCUCUGGAGGACAAGCAGCCUUGGGUCUACUUGGCCUGCGGCCAUGUGCACGGCUACCACAACUGGGGCCACCGCUCAGAGCAGGAGCCCAACACUCAGCGAGAGUGUCCCAUGUGCCGGGUGGUCGGGCCCUACGUACCGCUGUGGCUGGGCUGUGAGCCGGCCUUCUACGUGGACACAGGCGCGCCCACUCACGCCUUCGUGCCAUGUGGACACGUGUGUUCCGAGAAGUCGGUCAAGUACUGGGCGGAGAUCCCGCUGCCCCACGGCACCCACGCCUUCCACGCCGCCUGCCCCUUCUGUGCCACCCAGCUCAGCCUCACUCAGGGCUGUUCCAAGCUAAUCUUCCAGGGCCCGGUGGACUGAGCCUGAAGGGUCCUGCUCCAGCAGAGAAGAUUAGACAGGAAUGCCAACAUGCUGUGAAACUGUUCCGAUUAUUUUGUGCUUUCUUUUGUUCGUGUAAGCCAGCUGUGGAAAGGAGCAAGUCUUCUCGAGUUCUGGUCAAAUACUGUGGAUUCUGCACAACAGAGAGCCAUUACAGAUUGUUCAGGGCCUCUCGUGGCUGUUUGGAUGGCCACUGUGGGAGAUGUGGAGCACACUGGACCACAGAUGCCUUGCUCCUCCAGAAUGAAAUACUGUUUCAGCUGUUCUGCGAACCAACCGCUUUUUUAAAAAAAAAAGAAGAAAAAAAAGGCUGUUUUAAACUGCUGGUUUUCCAUCAGUGGAUUUAAGCUUGUAGAAGGAAUGAAUUGAUUUUACUCAUGAAUCAGACCAGAUAAAAGUGGUGGAUUUGAAUCUAUUUGGAAAGAAAAAGGAGGGUUUAUAGUUCAAUUCCUGGUGGGUCUGAGACGUUUUUACAGAGCCAGACAGCUGGACUGUUGGCUGGGAGAAAAGCCAGGAGAAACUCGGGGUCUAAUGGCUUACUAGUUAAGUGCUCCCCAUUGCUGUCAGCCCUGAAAUGGCAUCUAGAUCAUGUAGCUCUCCGAUUUUUGGCUUCCAUUUGCUGAACAAACUUUGAGGAGCGGGGGGGGGGGGACUUUUUGUGUACAGAGAUAUAAUCCAGUGCCUCAAAUCCCAUUAAUCUGUGGGAAUAUUUUUAAUAAAUGAGAAAAGAUAUUUUGUUGAAGGCAAAGGGAGAGAUAGUUUUGCAUACGUAAGGAAACGACAGCCCACAUGGAUUCUUCAACACAUUUUUAUCUGACAGAAGAUGUAUUUUACUACACUGAGGCCCUUUUACUGUUUUGUAAUGCAAAUGUUAAUAUAUUUUUCUCCUGCGUAAAUAAUGAGAAUGUUUGAGAGUGCGUGCAUGCAUGUGUGAUUGUGUGUGUGUGUGUGUGUGUGUGGGUUGGACUGUGUGGGUGCCCUUGGGCUUUGUUGAAAUCGCCCUGCAUCAUUUCACCCCCAAUCCCCUCUCUAUGAUCUCGCCCACCACCCAAAACACUACCAGAGAGAACACAGGAAUUAAACCAACCUCGCAGGGUUUGACAAUGAAUGUACUGAAAUACAUCGACUCUCCUCACUGGUGGUGCUUCAGUUAUACGACUCACUUUCUCAGUGGCUUUGCCGUUAAAGGUAAUGUCGCACUCGCAGUGAAAGACAACAUUUGAACUUCACUACCAUUAUGCAUCAACAGCUCGCUACCUUGCUAGCUAGCUGCGUCCCUGCCCCACACACGUGUACUGUAUUCAGUCUGCACUGUUGUUAGCUUUAUCCCAUGCUGGGUCUGAUCCAAUGAUUUGUACGCUGUCAAACCUGGGCACAGUCUCAGCAGCAUCCAGAGAUUAUACCAAAUAUAAGGAGAUGUGUUUUUUUUUUUUCUCCACACGCGAGAUGUAACGACCACUCUCCCCGAUCCAAAGUGUUUCUGUAAACAAUCCCUAAACCCAAACUGCUGCUACGGUGGAGUGUUGACGGCUCUGGAUUACAGUCGAGGCUGUUCAAGCAGCUUCCACGUGAAUAAUGAUAUUAUCACGCGCCAUGCCAAAUUUGGUUAAAUUCCAUUGUGCGCGGAUGAGUCAAGUUGUCCAAAAACAAAGUAGCAGAUGAAUUGAAACUAAAGAAUCUGGGACGAAUCUGUGCAUUCUUCUGUGAUGUUAGCUCACCAGACUGUGCCCACAUGUAGAGUUUAGGUAAAGGCAUUAAUUCUGCCUCUUGUUUUAUCAAAUUUAAUAUUGAGCAUUAAAAUUGUAAGACGUUGAAGUUCCUAUCAUAGCAUUUUAAUUUUCUUCAGGUUGCAUUAUGAUGAAUAAUAAUCAGAGGUGUCUUUGAAGGGCAGAAUCCACCUGGAAUAAAGGGAUAGUUUGCAUUUUUACAGUGGAGUUGUACAGGGUACUUAUCGAUAGCCGGUGUAUUGCAUACAGUAGAUGUCAGUCAGCACACUCCCUGUUUGGAGAAGCAGCAGAAGUGCUUACAUGGAAGCUAAGCAAUGUACUGCUGUGAACAGGGGCAGCAGCAAAAGGUAGUUAGCCACCUAAAAAAAAACUCCAACCUAAAAACCUCUAUAAUCAGAGCUGGAAAUUAGCACCAGCCACCAGCCAAAUGCUUGUAAAAUAUGCCGGUUGCUGCUAGAUUUGCUUCAUUUACCAGCCAAAAAAAAACAGUAGUCUGUUCUGUGGCCAGCCACAAUGGCAGAUAGACAAAAGUUAAAUACCAGCCGUGAUAACAGUAUUUUUGUACGCUGUAGUGCGAAUAGGGUUGCAACAGCAUGUAAUUUUCACGGUAUGAUAACCAUCUCAGAAAAUAUUGUGGUUUCAAGAUAUCAAGGUAGUGCAGAAUUAUUAUCAGUUACAAUGACCCUAAAUGAAUAAAAACAAAAGUUUUUUUUGGUUGAACAAACAUUUAUAUUACUAUGAUUGAAGCUUGAAACCACUUCUUAAAAUAAAAGUAUGUGUAAAUAGUCUCCCUUAAAAAAAAAAAAAGCUCAAAUAAAGGUGAGAUUCUUUAUCUAGCCGCGUAUUUUUUAAGAUGUCUAAGAUAAGUAAAUGUACACGGUAUGAUAGUUGCUGAUUUUCACACCACUGUUUACCUUGAAACCAGUAUACCUCUGCAACCCUAAUUGAGUGUUUUCACAGCGUUACCUUUCUGUCAGACAGCCUGUCACGACGGGGAAGCCAAUCACAGCUUCAGUUUCCUGUCUGUGCUCCAGUCAAAGCUUCCAGACUGCAGUGACGAAAACACUCAUUUUGGCUUGCUGAAUACAGGAGCUGCUGGUGUACCGCUGCCUCAACUAGUCAGUUAGUGUCAUUGUGUGACUUGGGUUCAUCUGAACCAACCCUUGUGAAUGCCAAAGUCACACAAACACUAACCGAUGGAGUCAGCAGUAGACCAGCAGCACCUGUGUUCAGUAACGUUAAAUCACUGUUUUUCUCAGCUGUAAAUAGAGCAAUAUAACGGCUUCAGUUUCUUGUUGGAAAUCACUGCCUGAUGACAAAGUAAAGCUGUGGAAAUACUCUAAAUGUAGUGUACACUUAUACUGAUAGAGAAUGUUUAAGUUGGCCAAAAAAAUCGUUUUUUGCUUUGGCCACCGUCCGCAGCAUUUCCCUGCUUAACUUCUGUGGUGGUACUGCUGCAGUUUCUCCAUCUUGGGGGCAUGCCGACUGACAUCUGCUACAUGUGAUACAACCCCACUUCAAAAGAUCCAAACUACCCCUUUAAGGGCUCCUUUACUUCACAAAAACUCCUGACUAUGAUCGCUGUCUCUUUGGUUCCUGAAGAGAAACAAACCUAGCAUUCUUGAAAGUAUCCGCAGCAUUACGCUUCACUCAUACCACAGAGCGUUUCUGUCCUCAGAUUUUAUGUUUCUGCCGAGCAAGGUCAAGUACUAAGCCACGUAUUGUACAGUAGCAUUCCUCUCCGACACUUUCAGCUCAAACACUGUGCCCAUUGCUUAAGACCGUGUUCUGUAACAGCUGCGGAGUAGCUGCCUCAAACAUUCCUCCUUGGUAAACAUGGGUGGGGCCCUCGGUUCACCCAAGGGCUUGUUCUAUGAUUUUGUCUCCUACAGGAACUCUGUACACAAGCCAUAGAACGCACUGAUGCUCCCAAUGCCUCCUUUGCAAAGAAUAAAAUAUUUUUUAAAAAUAA